CUGUGUGUCUCUGUGGUCCUCCUGAGCCUGCUUUGAUUGCAUUGUUUUUGUCCUGCCUUGCAGAUCUGGUCUGGUGUGACAACGCUCUAUGGUUCCUAAGUUCCUGGUCUCCGUAUCAAGCACAGGUGAGCAUUGGAAACCAAUACCCCGCCGAUCCAGCCAUGAGUCUCUUUCCACUCCUGCCUCCAGCCCAGCCACUCCAGAACCACCUCGUGGGAACACCUAACUUUUGCCCACCUGCCUGUCCACCCUCCAACACCACAUGGUCAAACACAGCAGAGCAACUCCUGGAUUGCACCGAAAGAAUGAAAGAUCAGCAGUGCUCUGUUCCACAUUAUCUGCCAGUCUUAGUCACUGUGGAAAAGACUCCUCUCCCCUAACAAGCCUCCAUCACCCAUGAACUGGAAUGACGAUCCAGAUCCCUUCAGCAGUUCCAGUCCGGGCUCAAACACUAACUGCUUGCAUAAUCAAACUGUUAAAAUGCGGUCCUGUCCUCAUGGCUGUGUCACUUCCAGAGUUAAGUAAAUUCAACAUUAUGACAAGAUGUUUCUUGAAGAUUUGGACAUCUGAUCGAAAUGGUUUAGCAUGUAUUUCAAAAGCUAAGAACUAAAAAUAGUAUGAGUGUAUAACAGCUGUAUACUCUUUAAUGAAGUUGUUUGCAGGAUUUUGGGGAAAUUAGCAUUUGGUUUAUUAAUGAACCAUCUAAAAAGUUUUAACUGGAAAUACUACUUUAUUCCCUUCCACAAUGACAGAAAAGCUUUAACAAUAACAAAACAAACCAGAAACACACAGAUUGCCAACAUAUGUAUACUUUUGCAUGCCUAGAAUACAGUUGAGCGUUCAUAAGCAGUGUUUUAAUCUGUACAUACAAUUAUAUUUUGAAUCUUUCAGUAGUUUUAAAUGUCAUUGUAACACCUUUUUGGCUGUUUAUUUGCUCAACAUACACUAUUGUUCUGGCUUAAACGUAUAAAUCCCACUUUUUUUUUAAUACUGACCUCACCCUGGUCUCCCUCCUGCUUAAAAGGUGGCAACCUGCUGUUUAUAAAGUCUUUAGGUGAGAAGAAAAUAGAGGUGUAAGUUAUGGGUCGAAAUAUACCAAAACCACCCUAAUUAUAAAUCAUUUAAGCAACACCAAGAGUGAAGAGUCCGCUUCAGCGCCAAAAGAGCCGACUCAUGCUGGUGAGCUGAGCCAAAUCAUCUGGAUCCCUGAAAAGAACCGGAAUUCUCAUCAUGAGCAAGGAGCGCCCCCGCGUGGACGCUCGGCUCAGAACGUAGCCUGCUGGAAAAAUGGUGGCCAGCGUACGAGUCCAAAAGCUGCUUCGACGGUAUAAACUAGUGAUUUCCGCUGCGUUAAUGAUCCUCCUGAUCCAGGGACUUGUGGUUUGGAGCCUGAGAAGCUUGGAAGAAGGCCAGGCGGAGGGAAAAACAAGACGAUCCAAGCUGCCUGACCCCAACAGCCAGGACUCUAAGAGAGACAAAUCAAAUUCUUUGUCUGGGCAGAACAGGGGCAGAUGGAGUGCAAGGUUGGAGAGGCAGAGGGGAACAGCGGCCAUUACGCAGAGGAAAGGAAGCAGCCGCCGAGCAGGAAGGCCCAGCGUCAGACAGAAGACUCCCCAGGAGCGAGGGAUGGCGGCGGCCGGGUUAGACGCCGUGGUCUCCCAUGACCUGUCGAGCAGCCGCAACUUCAGCCUGGAUGGAGCAGCAAAACUACAAGCUGCUGGGAUACCCGGGGAGCCAGGGAGUGUGGACGGCGCCCACCAAGCGCCCAACGGUGACUUUAUGCCUAAAUGUGACAUUACAGGCAAGGAUGCACUGUCAGCUCUCCAUCGCGCCGGGUCGCAGCAGUGCAGGCAGGAGAUCGCCAACAUUGUGUGCCAACAUCAGACGGGGCAGCUCAUGCCAAAAGCGCUCCCACAGUUCUGCCCCCAACUCGGUGUGUCCCAGCCAGUCCAGGCUGCUGAUGAAGUGGAUCUCAACCUGUCCAAGGUGGAGAACCCUGUCAGGGUGGUGUUUGUGCUGAUGGUCCACGGCCGAGCAGCACGGCAGCUCAAGCGUCUCAUUAAGGCCAUCUACCACAGAGAUCAUUACUACUACAUCCAUGUAGACGAGAGGUCCGCCUAUAUGCAUCGGGAGGUCCUGCAGAUAGCCCAGCAGUACCCGAAUGUGCGUGCCACACCCUGGCGGAUGGUCACCAUCUGGGGAGGAGCCAGCCUUCUGAAAGCCUACCUGAGAACCAUGCAGGACCUGCUUGCCUUGCAGGAAUGGAAAUGGGACUUUUUCAUCAAUCUCAGCGCCACCGACUUCCCAACCAGGACCAACGAUGAACUGGUGAUGUUUCUGUCACUGCACCGAGACAAGAAUUUCCUCAAGUCCCAUGGCAGGGAGAAUGCAAGGUUUAUUAAAAAGCAGGGCCUUGACCGCCUUUUCCACGAGUGCGACAACCACAUGUGGCGUCUUGGUGAGCGCAACAUUCCAGAAGGCCUGGAGGUCUCUGGUGGCUCCGACUGGUUCGCUCUCACCCGCCGCUUCGUGGACUAUGUUGUCAGCUCCCGGGACGAGCUAGUGUUGGGUCUGAAGCAGUUUUAUUCCUACGCCCUGCUCCCUGCUGAGUCGUUUUUCCACACGGUGCUUGGGAACAGUCAUAUGUGUGAAACCCUGGUGGACAACAACCUGCGUGUCACCAACUGGAACCGUAAGCUGGGCUGUAAAUGCCAGUACAAGCACAUCGUUGACUGGUGCGGCUGCUCCCCCAAUGAUUUCAAACCACAAGACCUCAUUCGGAUUCAGCAAUUGACUCGCCCAACAUUUUUUGCCCGAAAAUUUGAGUCGACGGUGAACCAGGAGGCUAUAGACAUACUGGACACCCACCUGUAUGGCCAGUAUGCUCCAAGAACUGUUGCCAUCAAGGCCUACUGGGAGAGCGUGUUCGAGCUGUUGGACGGCGUCAGCUCCCUCGGUGACGUGGCUCUUACAUCUUACUCCUCCUUCUUUCGUCUGACCCUGAAGGGUCUGAUGACCUCUCAGAGCAAGACAGAAGCCUGCAGGCUUGAACCAGUAGGCUACCCUCUGUCUGUUAAUUUGUACUUCUAUGAUGACCGCUUCCAAGGCUACCUCGUUCGUCAGAACGUCCAGGCUGCGGAGUCAAAGGAAAGGGAGACGCUCGAGCUGUGGGCCAUGCCUCAAGCUACACUCACCUUUGAGACAAACCUCAAAGAGUUUGAGAGGCUCAAGAAUCUGGAAAUCGGGGCAGACUGGGAUCCCAAAGAAAGGAUCUUCCGUAACUUCGGCGGCAUCAUCGGCCCUCUAGAUGAGCCGCUAGCAGUCCAGAAGUGGGCCCCUGGUGCCAACCUCACAGCCACUAUAGUGUGGAUCGACCCGGCUCAGGUUGUAGCAGCAUCCUAUGACAUUGCCGUGGAGAUGGAUGCAGAGUACACGCAGUACAAACCGCCUCUACAGCACCCCCUACGGCCUGGCACAUGGACAGUGCGGGUGUUAAAACAGUGGAAGCGCGUAGCGGAGGUUCGCUUCCUUGUAAUGCCGCUGACCUUUAAUAAUAAAGAGCCACUGCGCAGAGAGGAGGACAGCUGGCUCCAUUCAGGCCCUCCUGGCAACUUGUACCUGGAUCAGAGCUUCCAGCAGCUGAGCUCUGUGCUGAAGCUGCCUCCUCAGGAGCCCGCCAUGCAGGUGGCCCAACGUAAUGCUCAGCUUGUGGGCCAGCACCUUGAAGCGUGGGUGGACAGCUUGGUGGGGACUUUCUGGGUCAUAGGCGACCUUUGUUCUACAAAGACCUCAUCUUGCCCAGCUGUGGGGCUCUGCUCAAAAACCACCUGGAGCUCUCUUUCUCCAGAUCCAAAGUCCGAACUGGGCCCGGUCAAAAGUGAUGGGCGGAUCAGGUAGCCCAAGGAGAAGAGGAACUACUGCUGACUUUUAAUAUGCCCAGAAAUGCUGCUGCAGAGCUGAACCUACAUGGGUGAGCCUGAGUGUCCUUGAGGUCAGCAAUGAGCUGAUGGGCACAUACACCAUGAUCCUCCUUCACUAAGAAGAUGUUACAAGCAGAAACAAGGAGAGGACUGCAGAAAAUUUGCACAUAUACUGCAAGCGCUAAGAAAAACGUGUCAUGAUUUGGUGAAUGGGUACAUGAACAACACAUGUUUUGGUAUGAAUUUAGCUGCCACAUAUUUUUCUAGUCACACAACUGUCUCAGUGGAAAUGCAAGAGCACGCACGGCACAGUGUCCGUCUGUCUCCUAAAAGCAGCUGUGCUCCAUCUUCAUUUCAAGGGAGAGUAGAACCUCUGGAUCUUAUUAAUGUGCUUAUUUUGAAGCAUUACAAGAGAUGCAUGAAGUGCACUUUACUGCAAGAUGUUGGUACAGAGUUCCCUUGGUUACAGUAUGGGAGAUGUUUUCACAUAUCUUUGCAGAGUCACUUUCUUUUGUACCAACAACUCACUAAAUACGUGGAUGUUUAAUGUUUCCUUUCAAAAGUAUUUACUCCCCUUAGACUUUUUCACAUUUUGUCACAUUACAACCCCCUAAGUCAGUGUAUUUGACUGGGAUUCAUUAUAGCAAACCUACAUAGAAGAGUGCAUAGUUGUGUGGUGGAAGAAAAAUGAUGCAUUCAUUUUUUAAAUUUUGUUUUAAAAAGUAUUGCCUUCAACUUAGUGCCCUAAUUAUUGCAACUUCUAAAACCAUUUGAUUGCAUUGGAUUUUAUUUAGGGGCAUCAGAGAGAUGGUGGCUGAAUAUAAAUGAGAAAAAAAACCUUUCCUUACGCUACUUUGUGCUUAUCUAACACAGAAAUCGUGAUUAUAACACUUUGGUCUUGUAAUGCAACAAAAUUUGAAGAACUUUGAAAGGUGUGAAUACUUUUGUAAGACACUUUGUCAUCUUUUGGGGGGAAAAAAUAUUUUUAAGCAUUUGUUUUUAUUUUAGCUAGUGUGUUAGACUUAAAUAGUUUUUACAGUGUUGCAACAAUACCUCUGGGGUCGUUCCCCCCACCCAGUUUAAGGAAGUGUUGCAUUCAAAUCAGUGGGAUAAAAGAAACCCAAUCACCUGAACUGAAGGGUCCCCAUGAUGACAAAUACAUGAUGAACUGGAGUCUUGUUUGUAGCAUCGAAAAUGAAACUUCCAGCUGAAAUUUACAGCAUUACAUUAAAAACUAUAAGGAAAAUGGUUUUGAAAACUACACUUAUUUGUAAGUUUUGUUGUGAUGGAAGAAGACUGACAAUCAGUCAUGUCCGUAUGUUGCUGAAUCAGAAAUUUAAAGAUCAUCUUCUGGUUGGUUUUUGUGAAAGUAAAACCAACACAUUCUAAUUUAGUUUAAAGUGUUUAAUUGGCUUUAGAAGUUCAGGAGUUGGUCGAGCUUGUUGUUUCAUAUUUAAGCACUAAAAGUGGUGUCAUUCUGUUCCAUUAAAUGGAAGGCAUUGAAGCAACAGAUGGUUAUACCUGCUGUUUAUCUGUGCAGAUGCUGUAUUAUGACUGUUCAUGGUUAUUGCUUACAUUUCGGUUCUCGUGCUUUUUCAUUUUAGUAUUUUUACACCUUGUACAAAGUUUACUCUUAGUUUUUAUUGAGUAUUAUUUUAGUUUGGUCAAGAAAACGUAAGCUGCCUUUAUGUGGUAAAGGUUGACGGUUUUAUUUUGAGUUUGUGCUAGGGGUGCACCGAUUGCAGUUUUCUAGCUGAUCACCAAUUACCAAUCUUUCAAAAGCCUGACCUACUGAUUCCUAUUUUGGGCCGAUGCCGAUUUUUACUUUUUUUUUUUUUUGUAACUGUCACUGUCAGGUGUUAUAAGGUUACAAUACAUCUUUCAUUUUACCUAUUUUAAAAUUAAACAAAACUUGCACAACAGCUUAGACAAAUAGAUAGAUCGGUGGAUAAGAUCGGUGAAUGUAUUGCCGAUCCCCCAUAAUUAAGCAAAUUGGGGCCAAUCGAUCGGUCCACCCCUAGUUUUUACUGCUGUGUUCUGAAAUAACAUCCGGCCAACGCGUCUGAUUUUAAGUGACCUCGUUUAGCUUGCACAGUACAGUUGCUUCGGUGAAGCCCUGGUUUUAUUGGGAGAAUAAAGAGAUUAAUGGGUCUUAAACUUUAUUUUUCUAUCCUGUUGGAGAGGAGCUCUCUGAGCUGUUUAAACUGCUCCCUAAUUGUGUUACAUUUGACUUGUACACCUGUUUGGUGUCACAUGAAGCAGCUCCUCUGGGUUUUGGGAGGUUGAGAUUUCCUGAUAGUCAGGCUGCUCCUGACUAUCACAACAGCCUGGAUGGUGACUCAUCCUCAGCUCUGUUGCUCCCAUCUGCAGGGAACUGGAGCCUGUCACUUGCUUGUGGAGAGGAUCAUAAAAGGGACAUUCUGACUGAAAACUCAAUAAAUGGAUGACUGUAUUCAAGCUUUUGUUGUUUUACUUGUUUGUAUUUUCAACAUGUCUGGAUUCGGCUCAUUUGAGUCGGCAUUGUCCUUGUUAGGAGCAGAUUGUUGCAAAUAUUGUAUCCUGUUGAGUUUCAAAUGUUUUUAAAAUGAUCAAACUUGA